AUGGCACUCCUAAGACAUGCUCCCCUCUAUGUCUCCACCAGAUUGGCCCGAUUGACGAGACUCGUUGCCUUCCCCCACAAUAUUGCCGGCCCCUUAUGGUCAACAUGUCGACCACGGCCACCAACAAUAUCUGCAUCUGCCACCGCCAUUCGCCCCUUGUCAGCAGCAGCGAGCAGAUUGGGAAGAAAAGUCGAGGUUGCACAGCAACAGGACGUCAGCGACAACGAUGAAUUGGCAAAGGAGAGCCAGCUUCAGCAUGGCCGCAAGGGUGCGCGCAAAAUAGCCGGCAAGACGUCCUCUCUGCGAAGCAUCGCCGUGGAGGCACAAAAUGCACGCAACUUCGUUGUAAAAUCCAGAGGCGGGACACGCUUCAUCGACCCUGACGCCGAAACCAAGACGGUGACCGCCUACUGCGCCGCUGAAAUCUACGACCUUUCCACGGCCGCUCGACUGGUCAAAGCCCAAGGCUACGACCUCGAUCCUUACCAGACAGGCCUCUUUCCCCAAGUCAUCCACGUCCAGAUCAGCGAGAAGCCUUCCGAAGUAAAGGACUACCAACAGGGUGACAUCUUCAUCUUCCCCUCAGGCACAGUGGUCGCUUGGAACGUCCGCGAGCGAGAAGCCCUCAAGUUCAUCAACCAAAUCCUCCCUCCAGCAGCAGAAGGCUCGCACCUCGAUCUGCUCGAGACAGAAGAUCUAGAUUACCUCGAAGAUCCCAGCAAGGAAACCAGCCAAGUGGUUGGCGACACCAUUGUCCUCGGCACCAAAGCCGAACCCGCAGACCAUCAUCCCUCAGACCCCUCAUCCCCAUCCCACCCAAACACGACCAACACAUCCCCAACCACAAUCCUCCAUCCCACCCCACCAGACCAACGCCACGAAGUCGACACCAUCCUUGCCAAAAUUGCCUUCUCCUCCGGUCUCGCCCGCUCCACCAAGCUCGCCGUCCUCGAAACCCUCCUCUCAAACUACCAACACUCGACCCGCGACAUCCCCACCAUGCUCGCCUCAUCCCAACCCACCUCUCUCCCCAAGCGCACAAAAGCACCCUUCACCCGCUCCUUCAUCCUCCGCAAAACCGGCGAACUCCUCUCCAUCCGCGCUCAGCUCAACCUCUACUCCGAGCUCACCGACAGCAUGCCCGACAUCUUCUGGGAUUCGCGCCACGAGCUCGGCCUCGGCGAGUAUUACGACCAGGUCGGUCGCGCGCUGGAUGUCGGCGUGAGGAUCAAGGUGUUGAAUGAUAAGAUUGGGUUUGCGCAGGAGAUUGCAGCCGUGCUGAGGGAGCAGUUGAGUGAGAAACAUGGGUUGAGGCUCGAGUGGGCUAUUAUAGCCCUCAUUGCUGUCGAGGUCGUCUUGGAAUUCUAUAGGCAUUGGGUGGAGAGGGUGGAGAGGGAUGAUCCGGGUAGUGUAGAGGCGCUGUUACGGCAGUAUUUGACCAAGGUGAUGAGGGAAGAGGACGAAGAGACUAAGGAGAAAGCAAGCGUGACAACGACGAAAAACCAAAUUUAG